AGAUUAUAGACGACACAAUUGCUCGUGGUAGGUAUUCAACACCUUUUGGACUGGACUAGCACGAAGAUAUGUUAAAUGUCUGAUGGGCGUACAUGAAUCGCUUAGAGACAGUAUACAAAAGUGCAUGUUUGUCUCUACCCAAAUAACAGUAAGUUAAAUAAAUGAUUAAUAAUAAUAAUAAUAAUAAUAAUAAAGUUCAUUUCAAAAACACGCUUCAUCCCCAAAGGCUUGAAGCGCGGUACAAAGUCAACAAAAUACAAAUCUAUAAUUUACCACAUUUAAAACAAUCGCAACACUACAAAAACUAAUUACUAGCAUACAAUUGCAAAGUCUUUCUAGCCAUUUCAACCCCAAGCAACACAGCAAUUAUGCAUUAACUGGAAAAUAAGGUUGACAAUCAUCCCAGAUUCACAUGUAUCUUACGUAUUUAUCUACAGAACAAUCAUUUGAGAUUAUGUUUGACUAAAAUACAACACUUUUUGCUACAUAUGAAUUAUCAAAUAUGGUCUAUCAUUUCCAUGAAAACUGCACAUUAGCUUUUUUAGUAAUUAUCUGAUACACUACUUGUGUUUGUAAAUGAGUUGAUUUACAGUUUUUUUUUUAAUAUGGCCAUUCCAGAACUUCUUUGCUAAAAUUGUGGUUUGAACUUCAGAAAAAAAUAUUUUCGUGAAUGAUAUUUACGUUAUAAUUUUUUGCCUGUCUAACUUCAAGUAGAGCAAAGAUCCUCUAUAGAUCUUCUCUAGUUCUUACCAACUCGUUCCCAUUUUUAUUUCAGCGUAAUCUGGAUCUGGCAAACAUUCUAAAUAGCUAGCUAACACCGGUAUGGAUGAAUUGUGUGUACACAGACAGAACCUACAAAAAAUCACCAUCCUUGCACAUAGCACCACUUCUGCUUGGAUCCUAAGGGUCAACGUUCCACUGUAGAUCCUUGUCAACCUCUAUUCACCUGAUGAUUUUUAGUUCUUCCCAGUUCUUCUUAUUCUUAAGGUUUCAAUAAAAUAUUUGUCGUGUUAUAUUUGGCAUUAUAUUUACCGCUUUAUCAUUAAAACAUCGAUAACCAAACCAUCUCAUUUUAAAAUGAUCUAGAACAGCAAGAUCCCUUAUAACAGAAGACAUAUCACAGCACCACCAGUAACAGUAGCACCUGUAGCAGCACAACCUGUAACAGCAGCACCUGUUACAGCACCGCUUGUAACACUACAACCAAUUUUAGCAACACCAGUGACAACAUCUUCAGUAAAUGCUUAGCUGGCGUUACAUCUCAUGGUAGAUACAUCAUUAUUGACAACGGCUACAGUAUAAACAUAGCCAGCAACAAAACUUCCUGCAAUAUAAGCGCCGACUAUUUCCUAGCCAUCAUUUCCAACGAUGGACGAAGUCAGCAACUCUUUCGUUGCAUUGGAUUACGUGGUCUUUGCUUCCAUGUUAAUCAUCUCCCUUGGCAUAGGUGUUUGGUUCGCAUUCAGGGGAGGCAAGCAGAAAACACAAGGUAAUGACAUUUUGACAUAUGGACUGGCAGACAAGCAUAACAUGUAGAAUUGUUGCCAGUAUCAGCCAACUAGGUUAAGCAGAACGUGGACAAUUUUUGCUAGUAUCAGCUACACAAAAAAGCAGUAUCUGUAGAAAUUUGCUAGUAUAAUCUAUCUAGAAGAACCAUAACUUUUAGAAUUGUUGCUAAUAUCAGCACAUAAGAUUAAAGAUUAGCAGUGUGUAGGAAUUUGGCUGGUACUACCUAUCAAGGAGAACCUUAACCUGUUGUAGUAUUGCUAGCAUCAGUAAGAUAAUCAGAACACUUAGAAUUGUUUCUUGAAUGAAGUGAGAAUCUCUUAAAUCAACAACCACUGUUUAUCGCGUAAUAACAGUUUUGUUUGGUAAAGCAAGUUAAACUAAUAAUUUCAAUAUUUUUGGAUAAUUUUGUAAACUCAUAACGUUUUUUUUAGUUCAUGAGUGUAAGUUCCUCCCCUAGUACACGACACUGAUGUUUUAAUUCAUAAAGUAAAAAACUCACCCCGUGGUGUUGAUUUAUUAAAAACCUAAAUUUGACAGGAGAGUAUCUGAUGGCCAACCGAAACAUGUCCAUCCUUCCUGUGGCCAUAUCCAUCCUGCUCUCUUUCAUGUCGGCCAUCUUGAUUCUAGGAACCCCAGCGGAAAUGUACACGCAAGUGAGCCUCAAAACUGUACACACUCGUUGGUCUCAGACUUUACACGCAGGUGAGCCUCAAAACUGUACACACUCGUUGGUCUCAGACUCUACACGCAGGUGAGCCUCAAAACUGUACACACUCGUUGGUCGCAGACUUUACACGCAGGUGAGCCUCAAAACUGUACACACUCGUUGGUCUCAGACUUUACACGCAGGUGAGCCUCAAAACUGUACACACUCGUUGGUCUCAGACUUUACACGCAGGUGAGCCUCAAAACUGUACACACUCGUUGGUCUCAGACUUUACACGCAGUUAUCUCAAAAAACUGUACCAUCGUGCUUAUGAAGUAAAUAUUUGUAACUAAAUAGGCUUACCAUUGUUCGCUUAGGUAAAUUAAACUUAAUUUUAUGUCAAUAUUUGGCUAUUUAUAGCAUAAUAUUGACAGAAAUUCUGUUUAACUAUUCUAAAGCUUAUAGAUAUCUAAGUCUAAGCACAUAAAGACACAUUUUUCAUAUUCCAUGACAUCCACAUUAACAUCUCUUUCACACAUUUUCACCAUCCAUGACAUCAACAACAAUAAAAAAUCUGCUUCACUGUUUUCACCAUCCAUGACAUCCACAACAAUAUAUCUCCUUCGCAGUUUUCAUAAUCCAUGACAUCCACAAUAACAUAUCUCCUUCGCAGUUUUCACAAUCCAUGACAUCCACAAUAACAUAUCUCCUUCGCAGUUUUCACAAUCCAUGACACGCACAAUAACAUAUCUCCUUCGCAGUUUUCACAAUCCAUGACAUCCACAAUAACAUAUCUCCUUCGCAGUUUUCACAAUCCAUGACACGCACAAUAACAUAUCUCCUUCGCAGUUUUCACAAUCCAUGACAUCCACAAUAACAUAUCUCCUUCGCAGUUUUCACAAUCCAUGACAUCCACAAUAACAUAUCUCCUUCUCAGUUUUCACAAUCCAUUACCUCCACAACAAUAUAUCUCUUUCACAGCCAUACUUUUAGCUAGGAUAUUUUGUUAAAUAAUUCAUGUUCUUUCACACUACCAUACACGUAGCUAGCACAUUUUGUUAAAUAAUUCAUAUUCUCGCACACCCGCAAACACUUGGCUAGCACAUUUUGCUAUCUUUUCAUUGGUUUUCUGCUGUCGCCCAGGGCACAGAAUAUUUCAUCGUCGCCUUCGGGAUGUUCUUUGGCGUGGUGCUGGCGGCUGUUCUGUUUGUACCUCUGCUGUACCCCUUGAAGCUAACAAGUUCUUUCGAGGUGAGUUCAACAUACGAAACACUUCCUAAAGUUAUUUUGUGGGUUGUUGUUCUGCUGAGUCGGUCUCACCAUUGAACACAUCCUUCCUCAGUGUUGUAAUUAGUUUUCUAUUUGUUUUUGGAAUGAAAAGUUUGUUAAUAAGCGCUGAUGCAGAAAAAGAAAGAAUACUACAAUAUAAGACACACGCCUCAGAAUAUAAUAUUAUAGGAAUUCAGGAAAAAAUACCAUUAAAAAAAAGAUAAUUUGAUCAUUGAAUGGCUAUUUCAGUAUCUGAUUAACUAGUAAAAUUACCCGUCUUUGACUAAUGUGAUAGAAUGACGCGUAUCGUGGGAAUUUUAUCAUACCUGUUUUUAAAGUUUUAGAUUUGUGCAGCCUGUGAGAUCUUGUAGUCAAAGCCUACUAACUCAUUUAAUGUUAUUUUCUUGAAAAUUAUUCUACACAUUUUCCCACUGUUUUAUUUUAAUCGUUAUUUUAGGUGCUUUUGCGUACGCUGUUGAAAACAUCGCCAAGAGAAUAAACACAAAUAUCGACCGGCUGUUCAGAAAAUGUUGUAUUAAAAUAUACUGCUAAUACAUGUGUUUGUAACUUCAAUUUUACUUUCAUAACCAGCGGAAAUUCGAAGGGACAUAAUCCAAAUUUUGUACCGUUAUUUUUUACAACUUCCACUGACCCCAAAUUCGCAUUAUGCCAUUUCAUUCAAAGCUAUAUUAAGCGUUAUUUUUAACAUGAUAAUACUUUUAUCCCCCUCCCCCUCCCCACUCUUUCCAGUACUUAGAGAGAAGGUUUAACUCAAGAGGCGCUCGACUUCUUGGCACAAUGUUAAUGAUCCUUACACAGGUGAGUUGGUGAAGAUCAGGUUAACAACGAAAGUGGACAGUUUAUUUCAUGGACGGUCAUUACUCUUUAAAAAAAAGGAAGUUUUGAAACAUAAAAUAAGUGAUUGGGAAUUGAUUUAAAAAAUAUAUUGUCAUGUUUCCUAUUAUAUGUUCUCUAUUAACUUCAUAAAAUGUCUGUUUAUCUUAGUGAAUAUCAGAUGAACUACUUAUUAUUUUUUUUUACGUGCCCGUGUACUAACACGAACUUCAAGGCUUAACAUAUCUAUUCUUUAUUAAUAUAAACAUUACAAAGGAUAGAUAAAAUUCACUGUUGGAAUGAUGCUUGAGUUCAGUUCAUAAUAAAUGAAUUUCUCUUGACAAGGAACACGUGACGUCAUUCAUACAUGGUAUCCCUAUUUUUUUUACUCAUGAUACAAACAGUUCAUAACCACUUUUUCAUCCAAUACAAUAUGGCUGCUCAAUUAGUUCCUUACUUUCUUUAAUUAUUUGUAUGUAUCACUACAUUGACAUGAAAUAGUUUUUUCCUACUGAGCAGUAAAUGAACCUCAAAUAUUAUUAUGUUACUUUAAAUGUUAAAGAUAUUUUAAAAAAAAUAUGCUACUUGAAAGGAUGUCUCUAAAAGUUUUGAUUUUUUAUUUUCUCUAGCUCCGUUUACAAAGUCAUAAAUAUUUAUAACAACUUCAUAUCUUCAUAAAUAAGGAUAAUACAAAAGCAACAUUUCAUCUAAAUGGCUGAUGCUUUCUUUCAUCACAUCUGAUAUACAUAUGACUACAUAUUUGAUUUAAUUAUCAGGUCAUCUUUAGAGCUAUUUAUCGCAUUCUAUAAUGAAGUCAUCUACAUGACUAUAUUUGUAUUUCACCAUCAGGUCGUCUAUAUAGCGAUUGCUACCUUUGCUCCGGCAACAGCCUUGGAGGCUGGUAAGCGAAACAUAGUAAUUUAAUAUCAUGCGCAAUCUAUACAAAUAUAACUGUUUAAUAUUCAAAUGAUCACUUCUAACAAAAUAUGACAUUUCAACAAGCCAAUGUCGAGCACUCAAGCAAAUUAUUGAAGAAAACUUAAAAUGAUAUUAUUUUUUUUAAAAUGUCCAGUAAAAACUAGUCCAGUAUGUCAAAUAUUAUCCAAUCAUUCCAAGUGUUGGAUGUAUUAUUUAUAUUGAAAAUUUCAAUAACUAAUAUUUAUGCCCCUAGCAAGUCACUGAAAUUAAAAUAACAAAUUUCUCUCCCUCCUCUACCCAGUGACGGGUUUUCCCGUUUGGGGCACAAUCUUGAGCAUUGGGGCAGUUGGGACGUUAUACACGACAAUCGUGAGUAUUUUGACAAUUGGGAUGUUUCACACGGCGAUUGUGAUAUUCAUAGUCCUGAGUUUUUUUAAUUAAAAAAAAAACUAAUGUGAAAAAAAUAUUAUACUAUGAAAGUACUUGUGUAAAAAAACAAAUAAUGUUGAAAAAAUUAUUUUUACUAUGAAUUUAUUUAUGUAAAAAAUAAAUUACACAAAAAAAAAAUAAUUAUAACAUGAACGUUUUAAUGUAAAAAAAAAAUAAGGUUACAAACAUUAUUAUAAUAUGAAAGUAUUUAUGAAAGUACUUAGGUACGCAUGAAAUCAUUGCCUGUUUAUUUUGUUAACUCAUUUGAUCAGCCAAAUAAAUAAAAGUCAAGUUAAAAUCUCGCCUCGUCCUAUUUUCUGAGUAUUCUCUUCCAUUCCUUGGCCAGGGCGGCAUGAAGGCCGUGAUAUGGACAGACGUCUUCCAGUCGGGCGUCAUGCUGGCCGGUAUCCUAGCCAUCGUAAUACAGGUGACUGAAGCGGGCACUCUAGUCAUUUAAUGCUUUAAACACUGCAUUAAUAAAUGAAGGUUUUUAUUAAAGCUGAAUGAUAUCAGUUGUACAAGAAACAAAGAACGGUGGACAGACAAAUAGGAAGGAUCCGAACCAAGAGCAAACGGCUAUAUGCACAUCAUAUAUUGGAACAUAUACAUAAAUUAUACCAUAAAACUGAAUUUCAUCAUAAAUAUAAAAUGGACAUAAAAUAUACCAAAUAUACCCAUUAUAAAAAAAUUGAAAGCUAAAUUACUCCCUAGAACUACCGUGUAUCAAAGGAAAACAGCUGUUUCCGUAGAAAACAUUAUACGCUAGCCAGAAAUUGGAAGCUAGACAUACUCUUCUGAAGUCAACGAGAAUGAUUCCAGUUAUGCAAUGUAGCUAUGAAAUAUACAGAAUGGCACACUUGUUUUAGUUAUACUGUUCUUAAUUUGUGAGAUAAUAAAUACAUUUUAAAAUAAUGCCUUAAUAAAAGUUCUAGAAUUAAUAAUAAUAGCUAUUUAACUACAAAAAACAACAACAAAAAACACAAAAAGACAACAAACAAACAAAAAGACAUGAUCACAUCUAGGAAUAAAAUAGUGAUUUUCCUCUUAUUCACAGUAAUAGUUAGAACCACAUUCCAGAUUUAUUAAAUGUUGAUUUAAAAUAUGUAUUCUAUAGUGAUUCAUUAAAUGUUGAGUUCCAACAUUCUAAAAAUGAUUUAUUUUAAAUGAAACUGUACAAAAGAUGCAUCCCUUAAAAAUUUGUUUAUAGAUCACUCUCAGGGAUGUUAUAAAUGCUGGUUUCUUUACCUCUCUCUGACCAGGCUGCUGUAAAUAAUUGUCUGUUUCUUUACCUCUCCUUCAACAGGGUGUUGUAAAUGUUUGUUGUCUUUUUAUGUCUCUCCCACUUGGGUGCUAUACAUUUUGGAUUUCACUUUACGUUUCUCUCACCAGGGUGUAAUAAAUGAUGGUUGUCUCUUUAAUUCUCUCUCACCAAUGUAGGUUGCCUCUUCCUCUCUCCCAACACGUUGUUAUAAAAAGUUGGUUGUCUCUUUACUUCUCUCUCACCACGUUGUUAUAAAAAGUUGGUUGUCUCUUUACUUCUCUCUCACCACGUUGUUAUAAAAAAGUUGGUUGUCUCUUUACUUCUCUCCCACCACGUUGUUAUAAAAAGUUGGUUGUCUCUUUACUUCUCUCCCACCACGUUGUUAUAAAAAGUUGGUAGUCUCUUUACUUCUCUCUCAACACGUUGUUAUAAAAAGUUGGUUGUCUCUUUACGUCUCUCCCACCACGUUGUUAUAAAAAGUUGGUUGUCUCUUUACUUCUCUCCCACCAUGUUGUUAUAAAAAGUUGGUUGUCUCUUUGCUUCUCUCUCACCACGUUGUUAUAAAAAGUUGGUUGUCUCUUUACUUCUCUCUCACCACGUUGUUAUAAAAAGUUGGUUGUCUCUUUACUUCUCUCUCACCACGUUGUUAUAAAAUGUUGGUUGUCUCUUUACUUCUCUCUCACCAGGGUGUCAUAAAAGUUGGAGGCCUGUCACGUGUCUGGGAGAUCAAUGAACAGUGGGGAAGAAUCAAAUUUUUCAAGUUUGUUCUUUUUUUUUUUUCAAUUGCAUUAAAAGAUCCUCUUAUUUUACACCUCUAUAUACACUUUCUUUUGUCCUUAGUUCUUUUAAAGAGAAGAAUGUCACUUUUUUUUGUAGAAUCAUCUCAGCAAUCACCAAAAGUUAGCCGACAAACAUGGAAUGAUAGUGAAGUGGUGCACGUAGAGACUGUUAGGUAGUCAGUUGGUUUUAAGGUGUAUUUAUUUUAAGAACUUGAAAAAGUAGGGGUCAAACGAAUAAGGGCACUUUGUAACUAAUCACAUCAUUACAACUGAGACCAACUUGCGUUCACAGCUUCAGUCCUGACCCCACGGUCCGUCACACUUUCUGGAACAUCAUCAUAAGCUCAGCCGCAUUGUGGAUGGGGCACUACGGCAUCAACCAGGCCAGUGUGCAGCGGUACUCAAGCUUGCCGACACUGAAGAAUGCAAAGAUGUACGUGUAUGCGAGACGAUGUUUGGCAUUUUGUUAUUUUGUGUAUGCAGUUUGAGAAAACUUAAAAUAUUUCACGUGGACCUCUUUGAUGAUUUGUGUUUCUGUGGUGUUUUACAUUUUUUUUUUUUUUUUUUUUUUUUUUUUUUGUUUUUUUUUUUUUUUUUUUUUCUUUUUUUUUUUUUUUUUUUUUUUUUUGUGGUUUGAAUAUUUAUAUUAUUACCCUAUUUUUUUUAAAGAGGCGAGAAAUGAAAUUUACUUUACGUAAUUAUGAAUUUCAAAUUUUUGUUUGGUAACACAAUUCGCCUGUUAUAUGGCUUCCAAUAAAACGUGACAAAAUAUUUUCAACUAAAUCUAUAACUUUGGCUAAAUCCCAUGUCCGGAUAAUUGUUUUGCAUAGUUGGCAACCCAACAGUUCCACUCAGCCCCUUUCCCUCUUAUGUUUGCGUUUCCUGACACCCAUAAUCUAGAGGCCCUUACCCAAUUUCGUCUACCUUCCACUGGAAUAUGUUUAAGGAAUUAAUCAUACAAACCUAUAGAUGGAAAAUGCCCUAGCACCUAGAAGGCCUCACGUAGGCUCUAAUCUGAGACGUAACUAAGACACAUUCAAUGAGCUUUUGUAGUAACGAUUAUCCAUGUUUUCAUCUUACAUCAUAUUCUAACUGUCCUGUUUUCUGUCCUACAUAAUAUUCUCACAGUUCUGUGCUACUGAAUUCCAUCGGGGUGUUCUUUCUGCUUGCACUGACCUGCUUGUCUGGAAUUGUUCUCUUCGCCUACUACGCUGACAAGAACUGUGAUCCCCUUGGCCAGAAACUUGUUCAGAACUCAAACCAGGUAAGUGAUUCGUGAAUGUUGGCUCUGUACUUCGUCUUAUAAUCUUAUUAUGGGGCUAGAACAUAUCUCAUAGAAUCAUUAUCAAUGUCAGUAUUCUAGUUGCUUAUUAUUGCCCUAAUGUGGAACUAAUUUCAAUAGCAGCUAUUGAAGGUGAUUAUAAUAAAUUACACUUAAAACGCUAAAUAAUUUUUAAGAAUAUUUUAAAAAAUUGCUUCAAUCUCAUUUAACCUGUUUCUUCAGUCAGCCGUUUUUUUUUAUUAAUGUGAGAUUAAGAGACGAGUUUGACUCACUUUUUUUACCAUAAUUUACGGUAGGAUGGCUGGGUAUUCAAUUAAACUCAUGAAAUGUGCAAGUGAAAACCGGAUUUCCCAUGUACAUCUUGAUUAGAUCUUGUUCCGUGUCUCCUAUUUGUAGCUGAUACCUUACUUUGUCAUGGAAACACUUGCAUACCCUGGAGUUCCUGGUCUUUUCAUCUCAAGUCUAUUCUCUGGUGCUUUAAGGUAAAGCUGAACUUAUGAAAUUAUUUCUUAGUUUCUGUUUCAUGUACAGCGCACUCGAUGUUGUUACUUUUCGGUAAAGUCCCGAAAACCAAAUGAAAAUGUAUAACGUGCUAUAUUAAAUAUUCAUAAUGUGGCUCUCUUUGAGUUAAGUCGAUUAUGAAUUUACGCCAUUCAUCUUAUGCAGCUCAGUCUCCUCCUCGCUUAAUGCACUUGGCGCCAUCACUUGGGAGGACAUCUUAAAACCAAGAUAUGACAAAAAACUGACAGAGUACCAGAAAACGUUAGUCACAAAAUUGGCUGGUGGGUACAAACAAAUUUUUUUUUUUUGAGUUAGGGGAUUUAAACAAAGUGUUUGAACUAGAAAUGAAAAGUCCAUGUCAUUAAAGGGGAAUGAAACGUCAUAAUAAGGUGCGGGAAUAACCGUUCUGCUACUAUUUGCACAUACUGUCAUUUUAAAAAUGAAAAUAUUAAAUGCCAAAAAAAAAAGAUUCGGGAAUUUCCGCGAAAAAAAACUUACAAACUAUAAAUAAAACAAAAGGAAAACAACACAAUUUAUAGUUGUCACUCUUGGCACGUGGACAGUGGAUGUGCACGUGACGCUUAACUGGUCAGACAAGUUUGUGAGUUCGUAAUGUGAGCUACAUAAAAUGAGAACAACGCUUGGAAAGGAGGCAACCAAUCGAAUACAUUAAUAAUUUGAAUGUAUAAUAUUUACAUAUUUUAAUGCACAGUGUAUAAUAAAUGAAGGAGUGAAGGUGUGCGUCCCCAACUGUUGUGAAGCACAUCGUGGAGCAAUGUAUUUCGAAACGUUUUCCUUUUAUUGUACUGUCUUUAUGUUUCCAGCGUCCGCAUACCUUGUUCCGCGCAUUCCUUUAAGGCACAAUGGAUGAUGGCUGUCGAUGAAAGCGCUAACUAAUCGAUAAUCGUUAGGUUGUAAUUAAUGUCUUUUAAAAAAUACAUUAAAAUAUGAUUGGUCUGAAAUCCGUAAACUAUAUGGAAAAGAUUUGACGCAAUUUAUGAUGUUAUGUAGCAAAGCUCAUAUGACUUCAUUUUAUGUUUUUAGUUUGUUCGUAUGGAAUUUUGGCGAUGGGCCUGAGCUUUUCAAUAGAACACCUGGAUGGGACAGUCAUGCAGGUACGUAUUUGUCAGUGCUAUGGGGGAUGGGGUAUACAGAUAGAAUACAUUUAAAAGUUCAGAAAUAUGAACUAAUUGUUUUUUUUAUAUAUGUCAGUUAGGGCCAACUGCCGUAUUAGUUUCUUGAAAUUUUGAAGAUAUUUAAUAAAUACUAAUGAUUAAGUUCUUUAAUUUAUUGUAUUUUAGUUCUACUCUUAAAAUUACCAUUACUGACACGUAUAUAUAAAUCGUUAUUUCAAAAUUUUGAUGUUUGAGCUUUUCACAACUCUCCAGACCCAAUUCAUUGGAUGCGUAUUUCUUUCAUUGAAUAACGUAAACUGAAUUUAUUUCUAUGUCCAGAUGUCCGCAAGUUUAACUGGCUCUGUGUUUGGACCCCUGGCCGGAAUGUUUAUUUUGGGAGCAAUCUUUCCUUGGGCCAACAGAUAUGUAUGUCAAUAAGAAUGGAAUGUUACUGAUUGCCUUUACAUGAUUUAUAUUUUUUGAGGACAUUUUUUUUUUAACAAGUUCCGAUUUUUACAUUAUAUUAUCGGUCAAGAAGCUUUUUUUAUGGCUAAAAAAUAUAAUAAGUCUUGGUUUUCAAUGCAACACUUUUAUUUUAUAUUGAAUUGAUGUUUUAUUUAACAAAUUAGUAAGAUUGUGUGUUAAAAAGCCUUGUGUGGAAUCCAUCUUGUCAUGGCAAGAAGAGCAAUGUUUAACAUACAUUACAAUGUUGCAAACGUAUUUUCUCUUCUGCAAUAGCUUACCCGAGAUGUGUUCAUGUUUUAAAUUGCAGUAGACUGUCAUUUGAGUCUAAUUGAAUGUUAAAUUAACGUAAUACGGAUUUAAUUGGUGACUAUUCAAUGUUAAAUUAACGUAACGUUUAUUUAUUUGUGACUAUAAACAUAUUUAUCUAAACCUAACAUGUAUAUGUUUUCACCCCUCCUCCAGGGUGUUAUCUCGGGAGGGCUGGUCGGCCUGGGUGUAAGCAUGUGGUUGUCGGUUGGCUCCUUUGUCUACGGAAUACGCCUACCCAGUAAACCCUUUCCGAAUGGCACGUGCCUGGCACACCCAAACAUCACCAUGACAACCACUACAAUGGCGUCACUGAACACGGUGCUGACCUCGCAGUUACCCAACAAGGACAUAGAAAGGUACAAGUAUGUUGUUAAUUAAAUAACAGUACUAUAAAUAAAUAUCGUGGAAGGAUUUGUAAAUGAAGCAGGUGCAAGCUUUUUAUUCAGAUGGAAAUAAACAUUUCUACUUUUAUCACUGAAAAAAAUGACCAUAAUGUGUUCAAAGGGUAUUCUAAAAAAAAAAAAAAGAAAUAAAAAUAAAUUUACAAAGAUUUUUUAAAGGUUUUAUAUUAAUGUAUGAUUUUAUGAAGAACGAUACUGAUGCAAUCGUGUUUUUAGCUAUCACGUGCCAAUGUCUUCAUCUCUUCUUCUAUAUCUUAAGGGCCUCCCGGUCAAUGUAUUGAUAAUUCUGGCUCCUAUUUAUGUAGAUGGAAUUCACUAUGUUUCUGUGCCUGGUAUUGAAGCGGAUAUUUCGCUGGUUGCCAGGGCUACUCAGCGAUGGUAUUAGGAACUGGGGGUUGGAAGGCCUAAGGCAAUAGAUGCAAAAUUGUCAAGUGUUGUCGCCUCAACUGUUCCUUUUUGAAGCUUGUUCCAGUCUCUGAUUUUCCUUGGCAGGGAUGAGUACUCUGAUCUACACCUUACCAAAUAAGGAUCAUUAUUUAAAAAAAAAAAAAAAAAUUUAAAUAAAGUUUGAAUAGAUGAAAUUACAUCCAACUUAGCAGCCUCGUUGAAACUCUGGCUCUUACAAACAUAAAACCUAAAGUAAUCGAAGUAUUAGAUCUGUAAUUAAUACAACAAUGGCAUUGUUGUUUUGCUUCUAGUCAUGACAUUAAACGAAGUUGGUUUAAAAUCAAGAAUUUAAUUCAAACCCCCCCGCCCUAAAAAAAAAUAAAAAAAUAAUAAUUUAUAUUUCAAUUUUCUGUGUUUCAAAUCAGAUCUGGCAUCCUGCAGUUCUACAACUUGUCUUACCUGUGGUUCGGAACGGCUGGAACAUUGUCCGUCAUCAUUGUUGGCCUGGUUGUUAGUUUCGUUACCGGUGAGACUAAAGACGGGGGUGAGAUAACAUGGGGGUUGGGAUAGAGAGCUUAUCAUCAGCAGCUUAUCAUGGUCAUUAAAGUUAAGAUUAAGAUCACUGACAAACCUGGUUAAACGUUAUCCAAUAACGGACCCUAAAAAAGCAAUGACCCCGACACAGUGAUUCUCAUACCUUGGACAGUGGUUUUUUUGUCUCAAAUUACGGACCCAAAAAAGCAAUCACCCUGACACGGUGAUUCUCAUACCGUGGACAGCGGUUUUGUUGUCUCAAAUUACGGACCCAAAAAAGCAAUCACCCUGACACGGUGAUUCUCAUACCGUGGACAGCGGUUUUGUUGUCUCAAAUUACGGACCCAAAAAAGCAAUCACCCCGACACAGUGAUUCUCAUACCGUGGACAGCGGUUUUGUUGUCUCAAAUUACGGACCCAAAAAAGCAAUCACCCCGACACAGUGAUUCUCAUACCUUGGACAGCAGUUUUGUUGUCUCAAAUUACGGACCCAAAAAAGCAAUCACCCCGACACAGUGAUUCUCAUACCGUGGACAGCAGUUUUGUUGUCUCAAAUUACGGACCCAAAAAAGCAAUCACCCCGACACAGUGAUUCUCAUACCUUCGACAGCGGUUUUGUUGUCUCAAAUUACGGACCCAAAAAAGCAAUCACCCCGACACAGUGAUUCUCAUACCUUGGACAGCGGUUUUGUUGUCUCAAAUUACGGACCCAAAAAAGCAAUCACCCUGACACGGUGAUUCUCAUACCGUGGACAGCGGUUUUGUUGUCUCAAAUUACGGACCCAAAAAAGCAAUCACCCUGACACGGUGAUUCUCAUAUCUUGGACAGCGGUUUUGUUGUCUCAAAUUACGGACCCAAAAAAGCAAUCACCCCGACACGGUGAUUCUCAUACCUUGGACAGCAGUUUUGUUGUCUCAAAUUACGGACCCAAAAAAGCAAUCACCCCGACACGGUGAUUCUCAUACCUUGGACAGCAGUUUUGUUGUCUCAAAUUACGGACCCAAAAAAGCAAUCACCCCGACACAGUGAUUCUCAUAUCUUGGACAGCAGUUUUGUUGUCUCAAAUUACGGACCCAAAAAAGCAAUCACCCCGACACAGUGAUUCUCAUAUCUUGGACAGCAGUUUUGUUGUCUCAAAUUACGGACCCAAAAAAGCAAUCACCCCGACACAGUGAUUCUCAUAUCUUGGACAGUGGUUUCGGUGUCUAUAGGAGGCCUAUGGUUACUUAAUAUGGUAUGUAAUAUAAAUUUCAAAGUAUUAUUUCGGCUGUAUGUAUUGUAUCAUUACACGUGUAUUAUAUAUUUGUGCUACAUAAAUUGAUUUGGUUAUCAUGAUUAUCUGACCUCGAACUAAAUUCAUUUCUAGGAGCCAAUUCAAUCCAUGACGUCCCGACAAAGUACCAGAUACCCUUGUUUAGCAGGUUGGGUUGCUGUUUACCAAGGUCGUGGCAACACUGGCUUAACUGCAAGAGGGAGUUUGACAGUCCUGAGGUAAAGGAUCAUACCAGUUAAUGUAUUUGUCCAAAGAAAUAUUUAAGUCUAAUCAAUGAAGAUCAUUCUCAAAGAUAUAUCAAUAAAGAGGGAAUAGCCUUGCCCUUUUUUUCUUGAUCAUUCCGAGGAUAUCAUUUACAUUGUAUCAUUCCAGGUUAUUCGUUCAGAAGAGAAAGACGUAGAAUUUAUCAUUGAACCAUGUGAUAAAAUAGAUCCCCUUACAUUUGAUACACAACAGAUGAUUACAAUGAUGGUAAGAUAAAAAUACAAUAACUUUUUUUUUCAAAUUUCACAUAACUGAGUUAUAAGUCGCAAGAACAAGUAUAAUGUUUACAAGUUGCUAAAACAUUAUAUUGGGGAUUGAUAAGGGCAACUCUAUAAAGAUAUAUGGACAACAAUUAGGGUUGAUUAGGGAGCAAAAAAAAGAGUUUUAGAUAAAGAAAAUAAUUGUUGAGUUGGAUAUUGGUUAUCCAUGCGAGUGUGUGUGUUUCAAAGAGAUAGAAAGAGAGAGAAAGGGAGAGCGGGAGAGAGUGUGGCGAGAAAGAGAGAGAGAGAGGGGAGAGAGAUAAGAAAAUGAGAGAGAGAGACGGGAGAGAAAGAGAUGGAGAGGAAGCGAGUGGGAAGGAGAUAGAGGAAGAUAGCGAGAGUGGGAUAGGAGGGAAGAGAAAAAGGGAGAGAAAUGAAACUAGGGCAGCAUGCAGAUGUGUAUUAAAGUAAAGCAUGUUAAUUAAAAAAAUUCAGUGCAAAUGGUUUUCCCUUCUAAUUCUAUCUCUUUAGGCAGAGUCUUCAAAAAAACAAACCUUAUUCAGUGACUUUGUAAAGAACCCUAACUCGGAGAAAGAAGGACAACCUAUUCAACUGUUUUCUUACCCAGGCUAUGUGAAAAAUGAUAGGUUGUCUGACACACUCCUUAAUCUUGGUCUGGUAUAUUCAAUAAAUAACUAUAACGCUGAGCGUCCUAAAUUAGACAACACACAUUCAGUUGAUAUCAAACAACACACUGUCGACAAAAUCAUUUUAGAGGAUAUUGAACAACCUUUUCUUGACAACACCAUAUUAGAUUAUAUUGAACAAACUACUCUUGACAACACCACGUUAGGGGAUAUUGAACAACCUACAGUUAACAGCACCACAUUAGAGGAUAUUGAACAACCUACUCUUGACAAGACCACGUUAGAGGAUAUUGAACAACCUACUGUUGACAACACCAUAUUAGGGGAUAUUGAACAACCUACUCUUGACAAGACCACGUUAGAGGAUAUUGAACAACCUACUGUUGACAACACCAUAUUAGAGGAUAUUGAACAACCUACUCUUGACAACACCACUUUAGAUGACAUAGAACACCUCGAACAAACUGAACAACCAACGAUAUUGAGAGAGGAGCCACUCGUUUUAGA